UCACGGCAUCUAUCGUUUUAUCAUCCCCAAUUUUUUUUUCAGUUUCACUGUCACUGCGAGGCACUCAGUCUCUCUGUGUAUGACGAAACCGUAGUCGUUGUGUUGUCCGUAGCUGGCACCAUGUUCCCCAGGGUGAUUCUGAAGGGAACUAUGAUCAAAAAAUCUCAACAAAAGAAAAGAACAUCACCAUCUAAUUACAAGGAGAGAUUUUUUGUGUUGGACACCCAAGACCUGAAGUAUUCUGAGCGUCGUCCUGGAAAAAAACCCAUGCAGAAAGGUUGCAUCGAGCUGUCCAGAAUUAGGUGUGUGGAGAUUGUGUGCAGUGAUGUCCCCAUUCCAUGCAACUAUAAGUAUCCUUUUCAGGUUUUUCAUGAUAACCAUUACCUCUACAUUUUUGCCCCUGAUAAUGACUGCCGACAGAGAUGGGUGAGAGCUCUCAAAGAGGAGACAAAGAACAACAAUUUGGUUGCAAAGUUCCACCCAAACUUCUACAUGGAUGGAAAAUGGAGAUGUUGCCAGCAAACAGAGAAACUGGCAGCAGGUUGUCAUGUAUACGACCCAGUGGGCUACGCUUCUAAAAAGCCGCUUCCUCAUCUCCCAGAUCCAGAGUGGGGAUUGCAGGAUUCUGGACAGCAGAUCGUCAUCGCUCUGCAGGACUACACGGCACUGGGAGACAAUGACUUGUCUCUUCAGAAAGAUCAGGAGUAUACUCUGAUCAAUAACUCCCACCCUGACUGGUGGACAGUACAAGAUGACGGAGGGAACACAGGUUUUGUUCCCAGUACGCUCGUUGCUGAAAAAUCUGGCAACAACUUUGAGAGAUUUGAAUGGUACAACAAAAACAUUAACAGAGGAGAAGCAGAGGAUUUGUUAAUGAAAGAGGGAAAAGAAGGUGCAUUCAUGGUGCGAGACUCCAGACAAGCAGGAGUCUACACAGUGUCAGUGUUCACCAAAGCUCCAGGGUCUAAUGGGGAGAAGAAUCCAAGAGUGAAACAUUACCAAAUCAGGCAGACAGAAACAGGCCAGGCUGCAUUUUACCUGGCAGAGAAGUACCUGUUCAGCACCAUUCCAGAACUAAUUCAUUACCACCAACACAAUGCUGCCGGUCUGAUAACACGCCUCAGACACCCUGUCUCUCAAGGUGGAGGCUGCACCAGUGAAACUGUGGACCCCUCAAAAGAUCAGUGGGAAGUGAACCCAGAGGAGCUGACGCUGGGUCGGGAGUUGGGCAGUGGUCAGUUCGGGCUGGUGCUGGAGGGCAGAUGGAGGGAGAGGAAGGUGGCAGUGAAGAUGAUACGAGAAGAGUGCAUGUCAGAUGAGGAUUUUAAAGAAGAAGCGAGGGUUAUGAUGAGGCUGUCUCACUGUAAGCUGGUACAGCUGUAUGGUGUGUGCACUCAGCACUCUCCCAUGUGGCUGCUGUUUGAGUUCAUGGAAAACGGCUGUCUGUCAGACUACCUGCGAGCCAGGAAAGGGCGUCUGUCUCAGGAUACCAUGCUGGGGAUGUGUGUGGAUGUCAGUGAGGGGAUGGCUUACCUGGAGAGCUCCAACUUCAUCCACAGAGAUCUGGCUGCCAGGAACUGUCUUGUCGCAAAGAACAAUGAAGUGAAGGUGUCUGAUUUUGGCAUGACUAGGUUUGUUCUUGAUGAUCAGUACACAAGCUCUCAGUGCUCCAAGUUCCCAGUCAAGUGGUCAGCCCCAGAGGUCAUCAGAUACUGCAAGUUCAGCAGCAAGUCUGACGUCUGGUCAUUUGGUGUGCUCAUGUGGGAGGUGUAUAAUGAAGGCCGUCUUCCCUAUGAGAACCGCUCUAAUGCAGAGGUGGUGGAGUCCCUGAACGCUGGCCUGAGGCUCCUGAAGCCUCGCUUGGCUUCAGACUCUGUCCACCUGCUCAUGGAGUGGUGCUGGAAGGAGAAACCAGAAGAUCGGCCAUCGUUUGCCCUCCUCCUACAUGAGCUGGCCUCCCUGGCAAACCUGUGAACCAACAUAACAUCUGAGGAUGAUCAUUCUGAACCGAGCUAUAUUUAUUUUAUUUAUUGAUUUAAUUACCCAUUGCUUGUGUAAUUGUCCUGGGUGAAGUUAAGAUGAUUACAAAACACAGUUUUAUAUCCUUGUAUUUUGCACUUUAUUUGUUUCAUAGCUCUGUAAACUACUCUUGAGAAGAUCCGUACAGUCCAGUCACAGCUACUACAUUUCACUGCAGGGUUAUGUAAAGGUUUCAGUUAUUCUCUGUAUAUUAAACAGGUGGAGUGGGUAUGUUGUUUACCAGUUGUUAAGUAAAUAAAUCUUUUGCAUCAUUA